AUGUCCGUCGCGACGGCAUCAUCGCCCAACUACGACGUACCACGUCCAUCAGCUGAAUGUGCUCUUAGACUCGAGGCUUGGUAUCAUGGACAGUUGACACGUGUUCGUGCCGAAUCACUUGUUCGAGCCGAAGGCGACUUCUUGGUGAGAUUUGGCUUCGUUUAUACGUUCACUAUGCAAAAUUUUAUAUGUGACAAUUCAAAAUUCGGUGUGUCAUUAGUCGCAAACGCUUCGUUUAUUCCGAGUUUUUACACAAUCGUCUACUUUGCAUCGAUUUAA